CCCACCCUGGGGCUUCUUAGCCCCUGGAAUGCGAGAGACAGAGGCUUAGGGAGUUCCCGGAAUAGGGCGUAGAGGUAUCGCUCGGGAAGGCCUGGGAGCGAAAGAGACUUCUAGUUGGAGGAGCUGCUAGGAGCUAUCCGGUGGGCAUCGAGGAAGCGGAGGCUGGCUAGGGGGCGGGACUUCCGGGGGCAGGGCUUCGCCGUAUGGGCGGGGCCUACUGCUAAGGUUAGGGCGAGGGGCGGAUCUAAAAGGAGACCGCUGGGUGUGACCUAGGAGAACGAAGGAUAGUGAUUUAACCUAGCGUCUUGAGGGAGCCAUUGGUGGGGACCUUUCUAGGUCCCCUCGUGGGGUGCUAUGGAGUUCCCAGAGCACAGCCAGCAGCUGUUGCAGAGCCUCCGCGAGCAGCGGUCCCAGGGUUUCCUUUGUGACUGUACUGUGAUGGUGGGUAACACCCAGUUCUUGGCCCAUCGGGCUGUGUUGGCCUCCUGCAGCCCAUUCUUCCAGCUUUUCUACAAGGAGCGGGAACUAGACAAGAGGGAUCUGGUGUGUAUCCACAAUGAGAUUGUCACGGCCCCAGCUUUUGGCUUGCUUCUGGACUUUAUGUACGCUGGACAGCUGGUCCUGAGGGAGGAUACCCCUGUGGAGGAUGUGCUGGCAGCUGCCAGCUACUUGCAUAUGAACGACAUCGUCAAGGUGUGCAAGCGGCGGCUGCAAGCCCGGGCCCUAGCAGAAGCGGACAGUACCAAGAAGGAGGAGGAAACCAACUCACAGCCCCCUAGUUUGGAGUUUUUCUCCACCAUUUCCCGUGGGCCCCACCCUUCGCUGGCAUCUCCUGAGACAUCAGGCCCUUGGGGCAAAGGGGAAUGGAAAGGCCCUGCUGCUCCCUCACCUACUGUCUGUCCUCCAGAUGAGCCACCAGUCCCCGGUGGGGCAGACACUACACAGCCUGGUGUGGAGGUUGAUUCACCUCAUCUACGGGCGCCGCCUCCACCAGUGGCUGCUGUCUCUCUCGCUAGCCCCAGUAGCUCCACAGAGACUAUACCUGCAAACUACUUUUCUUCUGGCCUCCCAACAAUUUCAGUGGAACCACUGGCUCCCCUUGAUGUGGGUUCUGAGGGUCUGAGGGUGGUGGAACCGAGGGGUACUGGAGGACCAUUGCAAGCCUUCUAUCCUGCAACUUCGGCUGCAGCCCCAGGCCCAGCCCCAGCGGAAGCUGAGCUGGUCCAGGUGAAAGUGGAAGCUAUUGUGAUUUCCGACGAGGAGACUGAUGUGUCAGAGGAACAGCCUCAGGGUCCCGAAGGACCGUUCCCACCUGCAGGAGCAAUGUAUGGUGGACAGCCCCCCCAGCCAGAGGCUUUUGAGGAGCCAAGGGCAGCAGGACUGGAGGAGGUGGGGCCAAGUGACCACUUCCUGCCCUCAGAUCCUCACCUGCCCUACCAUUUGCUGCCAGGUCUAGGGCAGUAUCAUCGAGGACUGGUGACCUCACCUCUGCCUGCUCCCCCGGCCCUGCAUGAGCCAGUUUACCUGCCUUCUGAGUAUGAAGCAGCCCCAGGAAGCUUUGGCAUUUCUAUUGAAGACGUUCCCACUUGUAAGACAUGUGGGAAGACAUUCUCAUGCUCUUACACGCUACGGCGACAUGCCACAGUGCACACACGUGAGCGACCCUAUGAGUGCCGCUACUGCCUGCGCAGCUACACGCAGUCAGGGGACCUGUACCGCCACAUCCGCAAGGCUCACAAUGAGGACCUGGCCAAACGCAGCAAACCGGAUCCAGAGGCCAGCCCCUGCUAGGAGUGCAGCCCCUCCCUGGCCCCCCUACAGCAGUCAGACAGAACAGCAGUGAUAGAGGGCCACCAAAAGAUUUUCUGCUUUGCCCCAAAAACUAACAUCUGGGGGAGCAUGAGCUGAUGCUAGGCCUGCUCUUCCCAUCGAUAGGGGGCAGCACAGAAGGCUGGAAGCAUCUCGUUUCCCCUGCUGGGCAACAGAAUGAAGAUUCUGCCCCUGCUGAAGGUUCCUACCCUUUUCUUUAUCCGGCCAGAUAGCAGGACUUUAUGGGGUAGAGCAUCUCAGUCAGCAUCUCUCCAAGGGCACUGGGAAUUUUCCUGAGGUGUAGUUGCUUCUCAUCCCUCAUUCUGCACCAUAAAGCCAGCAGUGAAAGUUCUCUCUUUGAACUGGUGUUGGCUGGUUUCUUCCGCAAACCUUCAGACCUCCUGAUUCUUUCAUACCCCUCCUCCAGAUCUUUUAGGAAUCUGACAUCUGUGCUUGGGGUAGGGGUGGGUCAGGGUGCUUAUGAGGGGAAAAGUGAGAUAGGCAGAAGGCCAUGUAGAUUUUACUGAGGAAAAGUAUACAAAUUAGGGAAUCUUACACAAUUAUGGCUUAUUGUACUGGGCUGUAUUGGGAACUUCAUAUAAAUACUCAUUUAAUCCUUAAGAACCUUAUGAUGUAUUAGCCCCCUCCCCUUUUUUCCCCACUGACAAGGAAACUUGAGACUCAAAAAUCAACUUGUUAGACUCAAAAAGUUAACUCGUUCUAGGUCACAGAGCUAGUCAAGGGGCAAGCCAGAAUUUGAACCAUAGCUUGUGACUCCAAACACCGUGUGUGUUAUGCUGGUUUAAAACAUUGUUAAAGCUGGUUAACCAAGGACUAGAAGGUGUUUCCUUUUUCGUCCUCUGGGUGUUGGGCUUUGCUCUCUGACCCCUUUACCUCUGCUUUCCAUGUAGAAAGACCUUUGGUUGACUAUUUCAACAACAGAUACCAUCUUGACGAUUUGAAAUUUUUGCCUGCAUGUCAUAAAUAUGAAUUGAGGUCUCUGAAGAGGAGGAAUUGAAAGGCAGAAAAUACUAAGCUCCUGGUGGUCGGUUUGUGGGGUGGGUUGAGGGCCAGUGGUGUGGAAAUGAUGGGUGCUUGGGAAAACUAGAGCAAGAAACUCAAGACGAGAGAAUCUUAUAGUUCAUCUAGUCCAACUCCCUCCCUUAAAAAGUGUGACGACAGCCUAGAGAGGUCAAAUUACUUCUCUACAGUCACACAGGCGGUUAUUAACUAGAGGUAGCAGAGAAAUGGGAGUUUGGGGUGUUGAUGUGGGAUGGGGGAUAAAAGGAGUUCUAGGAAUGUAUGAGAGGGGUCUGGCCCAGUCUGGGGAAAAGGAGUAGUGCUGUAGAAUGGACUAGAAAGCUCCCUACAAACCCUUCUCUUUUUGGCACAUAGGAACUGAGUACAAAAAACUCAGGAAGGAAAAUACAGAAAAAGGUGAAAAUAUGA